CGCCCGCAGCUGUCGUCUCGAGAACCGUCCAGCCGCAAGCGUCCAGAUUACGGCUCCGGUGACGUCUCGCCCAACGGAUCGCUUCGGUUUUCAAGGAGACGAAACCCAACUUCAACUUGACUUUCCCCAUUUCCAGAACCGCUCUCCGGCUUCAUGUCAUGCGCAAGAACGCAUAGUUUCCGUUCCUAAUUCUGGAUUUCUCUACUUCCGAUUCACCAGGAAACUCUAUAUUCAGCCCCGCCGUUGAUUUAAGCCGAUCGGUUAUUCUUGGGUGUCGAGGAAUUCGAUCUCUCUCUCUCUCUCUCUCUCUUAUGGUCUCCCUGCGAACGACAGCGUUUGCAGCCAUUUCGAUCCGCACCCGCGAGACAGAACCUCCAUUCCGUGGUAAAGUCGGCAGCUUUAGGCCCAAAAAGACAUACCCAUCUUUAGAAACUCGCUCGCCCGACCAAAAAUCACUGGCAGUUGCGAGAAUUUUAAUGGUGAUGGAUCCAAAACAGGGCGCAUCGUCACCGUCGACCUUGAUGCUAACUUCGGGCGCGAGUGGCCGCAUAAAUGCGCUGUUCUCGCUGCGCGCAAUGAAGAGCCUGUUGAUGCUAAUCCGGGCCUUCGUCCUGAUUCUUCUCAUGCCGUUCCGGGGCCGGAAGCGGGUGGUUGUCGUCUCGGCAUCCGCGGCGGAGAAGUCCAAGGAUGAGAGGAGUGAGAGCAACGGUGGGAGUAACCGGAAAGUUGGGCCUGUGGUGAGGGUCCCGGCGACGGCGCUGCCGUGGAGGAGGGCGGCGUCGUCGUCGUCGUCGGUGGAGCAAGAGGUGGCGGCACGGAGAGCAAUGGCAAAGAAGCGGGUGGCACAGGAUGGCGAUGAAACUGUCGUUAGGGAGUUUUCAAUUUUCACGACUGCAAGGGCGGACGCAUUGUUCACACAAUCUUGGAGACCCGUUAAUGUAAAGAUCAGGGGAUUGGUCAUUCUUUUGCAUGGUCUGAAUGAACACAGUGGGAGGUACAGUAAUUUUGCAAAGAAGCUGAAUGCCAACGGAUUCAACGUUUGCGGAAUGGAUUGGAUUGGCCACGGUGGAAGCGAUGGGCUGCAUGCUUAUGUUCAUUCUCUUGAUGACGCUGUAUGCGAUCUGAAAUCGUUCAUCGGAAAAAUCUUGGCUGAGAAUCCAGGGCUCCCUUGUUUUUGUUUUGGGCACUCAACAGGCGCGGCAAUCAUUCUUAAGGCUGCUCUUGACCCAAAAGUCGAAGCCUGCAUAUCAGGCGUUGUGCUAACUUCACCCGCUGUAGGAGUUCAGCCAUCCCACCCAAUUUACACGAUACUCGCUCCGAUUGUCUCCCUCUUAUUGCCGAGAUACCAAGUCGGGGCUGCGAAUAAGAAGGGCUUGGUGGUAUCAAGGGACCCAGAAGCGCUCGUAGCCAAGUACUCCGAUCCCCUUGUCUAUACCGGAUCGAUCCGCGUGAGAACGGGGUACGAGAUCCUCCGGAUAGCAUCCUACUUGCAGCAGAACCUCAGGAAAUUGAGGGUUCCCUUUUUGGUCCUCCACGGCACAGCGGAUAGGGUGACCGACCCAGAUGCUUCCAUGAAGUUGUACGAGGAAGCAUCCGCGACAGACAAGACAAUCAGAUUGUUGGAAGGGCACUUGCACGAUCUGCUCUUUGAGCCAGAGCCAGACCGUGAAGCCAUUAUGAAGGAAAUAAUUGAGUGGCUGAAUUGUAGAGUAGAGAGGUAGGAAAGAGAAGCAAUUUCAGUUCCUUCUUGUCAAUGCAUUUGAAGGGAAUCGACUGAUUCAAAAAAAAAUUCAAGUUUCCAGUAAUUUUCUUUAUCAGAAAGAUCAGCUGAAGUUUUUGAUGAAAAAGAAGAAAAAAGGAUCCUAUUCAUCGUAA